AUGGCAACGAAUCACGCCAAUCAAGAAUAUAUUUCUAUAAGUGGGGAGACUAAUAAGCUAUUCGAUAGGACGGAUAUCCAUAGCAAAACUCUAGUUAUCAGCAUUAUAACUGAUUUUAUCUUGGGCAUUACAAGUAUUAUUUUUGGAGCUAUUGGAUUUUCAAUUUACUAUGGGGCGUCCGAUAUCGCUAUCCAAAUUGGUACUAAUCUCUGGAUCGGAGCAUUGUAUUUGAUCCAUGGAAUUAUCUUUGUCUUACUGUAUGUGUAUCUUAAGCCGGCAUUGGAAAUUAUUUAUAUUAUGUCUAUGAUCAUCACGAUUUCGGCAACAGUUAUUCAGGCCAUCAUCAAUCUAGUAAGCGAAUCAAUCAUUCAGAGGUUUUAUCGUAAUACCAUAUUUUGGUAUGGUAAAUUUGUGACUGCAUUAGCAGUAUUUUACUUGCUUGUCACACUAAUCCAACUGGUUUUCAUUUUGAGAGUGUUAUACCGUGAAAUGGCCCAACAUACUAUUUAUCAUACAUUCAAAAACGACGAAGCAAUACCAAACCAUCAGUUGCAAAGGCAACCAAUCAAUACUGAUUAUCGGUUAUCACCGCCGAAACGGCUACACUAUAUAUCAAUCGCUAUUGGUGUAACUAUUCUCAGUAUUGGCAUUGCCCUGAUAGUGAUCCAAAGUUACAUUGAAAAAUCUCCACAAUUCCGUCCAAUUUGCAUUGUAAAAGUAAAAGUCAACUCUUGGUUAGGGUGUAUCAUAUUCUUAUUUUGCUAA